CAGAUCGAAAGUAAUCAAAAUGUCGGAGGAAAACAUUACUGUUAAUCCAGAGAAAUCAGCCAUGGAUGAGAGGGUUGAUAAAUUGGAAGCGACGAUGCAAACUAUUGCUGCUACUCUUCAGACCAUCAGUAUCACUUUGUCCACUUUGAUUACUGGUUCUCCUCCUUCACCUACAUCCUUAGUACCCGCAAUACCAGUCCCACCUGUCCCUAUCCCAUCAUCUACCAUUACAAUGGGUAAUCGUGCCAAGGAUCCCAUGGUCACACAAUUACAAUUUCCACUUAUUUAUGAGAAUCAGCUUCUAAUGGGGGAGUCAUCUUCACAUGCUCCACAAGUAUCAUACCCACCACUUGAGAUGAACAACCCAACCUUGCCCACAACCAUACCACCUUUGAUGGGACAAGUGCCAGCUAUUCAAACCAACCCUUUGGUUGAGAUAUUGAGGCCUACUAUGGAGGAUGGGAAGUCAAGAGAGGUCGAUCACAAGUUGCAACAGUUGGAGGAGGCUCUAAAGGCUAUGCAAGGGCCACAAGUUUAUGGUUCCAUUGAUUUGGAUGAUUUCUGCUACUAUCUAGGAAUUCAGACAAAUUUCAAGUUCAAGCAGCCGAAUUUUGACAAGUAUGAUGGCUCAGAUAGUCUGUCAGGCCCAGCAAGUAUCUGGUUCUCUACUCUUGACAAGAAGAAGAUUCACACUUUCAAGGAUGUGUCUCAAGCUUUCAUGAGGCAGUAUGAGUACAAUAUGAGUUUGGCCCCAACAAGGGAUAGCUUGCAAAGAAUCGCCAAGAAAGGUAAUGAGACUUUCAAAGAAUUUGCUCAACGGUGGAGAUCUGAAGCAGCCAAAGUCAUUCCACCUCUUACCGACAGUGAAAUCUGCUAUCUUUUUAUCAAGUCAACUACCGGAACCUUCCGUGCAUGGCUAGCUCCUUGUGUUGGAUAUACUUUUGCUCAGUUAGUGAUAGCGGGUGAACAGAAUGAGGAAGGACUAAAGGUGGGUAUUAUUAUGGACUUUCAAACUAUCCAGAGGCAAUUAGAGCAAGUUAAGAUGGGAAGCUCGGGAUCUACUUCAAAGAGGUUCUCAUCUAAAGGGAAGAAGGAAGAUGAGGAAGCUUUGAAUCACAUUUUCACUAGUCAUGCCAAGCCAAUCUAUAAUAUGGCAAAUGUUCCUUACAAUCGGCAGCCUCAAUUACAGCACACUCCGAUCUUCAAGUCUACCACCUACCCUCAAAGAAGGCCAAACUCCAAUGCUCAUGCUCCAGUUAGACAUCAAUUCCCCUCGACAAAUAGGUCGAGACAGUUCACCAAGCUUCGAAUCCCUUAUAGUGAGGUGCUAAAACAAUUAGUGGCAGUGGGUUUGAUGGGGACAGUACAAGCAAGCCCUGUGCAACCACCUUACCCUUACGGGUAUGAUCCACAAGCUAAAUGUGAAUAUCAUAAUGUAACAGGUCAUGGUACCGAAUAUUGUACAACUCUGAAACAUAAAAUUCAAGAUCUCAUUGAUGAAGGAAAACUCCAACUUGAUGAAACUAAGAGUGCUCCAAGCAUCACUCAGAAUCCUUUACCUCCACAUGGUGCACCCUCCAUGAAUAUGAUUACCCUCGAUGAAGUUGAUAGGCCUGUGUUGGAGAAUGUGAAUUCUUGGUCUUUUGAUGAAUUGUUUGCCAUUCUAAUAGAGUGUGAUCUUAUCCAGCCAAUUGCAUCAAUGAGCUUGGAUGUUCCGCCUGUGAUAAUUGAUGAUGCUUCGGUGUGUCUAUAUCACUCCAAUAUAAAGGGGCAUACUUUGCAAAAUUGUGAAGAUUUUCAAAGAAAAAUUACGGAGCUACAAAGAAUGGGAUCUCUGAAGUUCAUGUUUGCUCCAGAGUCGGAGAAAUUCAUAGCACCAGUGACCGAAGAAUACUUCACUAAGAAGAAGCCUUACAUUUUGCAAGAUACUACAAAAGCACAAGUCAUCAAUCAACCUUAUGUCUUGAAGACCUCCCUUAGUGGGUCACUCAUGGGAAAGACAUCAUCUAUGGCUAUGCCUCAAUGCUCUACCAUCUUGAAUUCCACAGCCAAUGAUGUGUCCAAUAUGACCCGUAGUGGUCGGUGCUAUGUGAGUCUCGAAGUGGAAGAAUUGAGAAGGGCUGCCUUGAAGUCAAAAGGCAUCAUAAUUGAAGAGAUACCAGAAGAAUCACCCAAGAAGCUAGUGUCAGAAAAUGAAGUUGUAGAAUUUCUGAAUAUUUUGAGGAAGAGUGAAGUCUUGAAAGAGGCCCAUAUGCCCAAGAAUAUUGAUACUCAGAAGUUUGGGACUGUGGUCGGGGCAAUUUUAGCUCCGAAUUAUAUUAAUUUCAUAGAUGAUGAGAUUCCCGAUGAAGGAAAUGGACAUACCAAGGCUCUCCAUAUUUCAGUUCAGUGUAGAAUGAUGAAUGUGCCUCAUGUGUUGAUUGAUAAUGGGUCAGCUUUGAAUGUGAUUCCUAUGACGGUCUUGAAGCAAUUGAAAGUGGAUGAAUCUCACAUUAAUCAGUGCAAUACAGUGGUUCGUGCUUUUGCCGGAACAAAGAGGAAUGUGAUUGGAAAGAUUGAGCUUCCAGUAGAAAUUGGUCUUGUGACUUUUGAUGUGGAUUUCUUUGUCAUGGAUAUUUCUCCCGCUUUUAAUAUGGGCAAAAUACUCAAAUCCACCCCCAAAGGUGGAUUUGGGUAUUCUGCCUUUAAUAUGCUUCUUGGGAGGCCUUGGAUACAUGUCGCCAGAGCAGUACCGUCCACUUUACAUCAGAAGGUCAAAUACAUUAUCAAUGGUGUUCUUGUCACGGUGAAUGGUGAUGAAGAGCAUGUCAUCCGAAGGGCUACAACCAUUCCCUAUUUAGGAGUUGAUCCGGGAACUUAUGAAUCCUCUUAUCACUCAAUGGAGUGUGCUGCUGCUUCUUAUAUUCACCCGAGGUUCAGAGGGAAAAGGGUUGAAAUGGGUAAACCUACCAAAGUUGCUGCUAGAAUCAUGCUCUCAUAUCAUUAUCAGUUGGGAGAAGGUUUGGGAUUGAAUGGACAAAGAAUUCUUGAGCCUAUUGAAGUAAUUCAAACUUGGGGGACUUUUGGUUUGGGAUACAAACCGAAGAAGGAAGAUUGGCAGAGAAUGCGUGCUGUUAAAGCGGAGAAACGCCUUGCUAGACUUCAAGGGAGAGACCCAAGGGAUGAACCAAUGUGGGUGCCGCACAUUAGAGUCACAUUUCCACGACCUGUUGAGAUUUUGUGCCCUUCUUUUGAUGGAUAUGUGGUAAAGCAUAUGGAUGUUUUAUAUGUAGAUCCAGAGGGUACUGUUUUCAUUGACAGAUUGCUUGAAAUCGGGGAAUGUUCAAAACAAGCAAAAUCUGAGGAAGUGGUGGUGGAAGAUAUCACCAAUGAAGUCUGUUCUGAUGAUGAGGAAGACAGUUUUGGCUUCAACAACCUCUUUGGGCUAGCCAACAUGACAGAUCCUAAGGAAAGGUGGAGAAGGAUGCUCGCUGAAAGGGCAUUUAUGGAAAAGCACCCCAACUUCCAACUCGUUCAUCAUGCAAAAGCUCUAGUGGGUCCACAUGAGUCUGUGCUCCUUGAAACAGUGAAAGAAGAAUCACUAUGUGACUCAUGGGGAAAUUUGACUAUAAAUGCUCUAGAUGAGGAAGGACUGGAAUUUGAUAGGGGAAUUUCUCUGGUCAAUGGAAGCUCUCAAGCUAAUUGGGCAGCGGAACUUCUCCCUGUAGCUUUCAUCUCCGAAAAGGAGAUAAAAAUCAAUGCUCAUCUAUCCUCAGAGGAAAGAAAUGAAUUGAUUGAGCUCUUAUCUGAGUUCCAAGAUCUUUUCGCUUGGUCCUACAAGGACAUGCCGGGACUUGAUCCUGAUAUCACUGUUCACGCCAUUCCACUACAUUCUGAGGCCAAGCCAGUCAAGCAAAAGCUAAGGAGGAUGAAAACAGAGGUUCUGUUGAAAGUCAAAGAAGAAGUACAAAAGCUGCUAGAUGUCAAUUUCAUUGAAGUAGCUAUGUAUCCGGAAUGGGUGGCCAAUAUCGUUCCUGUAAUGAAAAAGGAUGGCCGGGUUAGAGUUUGUGUGGAUUAUAGGGACUUGAACAAAGCAAGCCCCAAGGAUGAUUUCCCAUUGCCUCACAUCCAAACUCUGCUAGAUAAUGCUGCCAAAAAUGCUCGGUUCUCUUUUGUUGAUGGCUACUCUGGGAAUUAUAAGUAAAUUGUACUAAUUGCGAAAUACUGUUCAUGAUGCUGUUCACAAUUACUGUUCAUGAUUACUGUUCACAAUUACUGUUCAUGCAUUAUGCUUUUAUCUCUUUCAAUAGGAAGUCCUAAUAUUAUUUUGGACAUAUUAUGAAUUUGUUUGACAUGCGUAUGUGUUUGUGGCUAUGGAGUAAGUGGACCUAAGCUUAAAGCUUGGGGUAUUCAGUGGACCCUUCAGGGUAUUUAGUGGACCUCUGCGCAGUAGGGUUAGUACUGUGAUUAGCUCCGGUACAGUGUUGCUAGCACACCUCAGUAGACUCCAUAACAUUGUGUGAUUUUCGAUUUUGUGCAUUGCGCUUGUGACAUCGUAUUUGUGAGCAUAUGAUUUUAAUAUAUGAAUUCAAAUUAA